UCUGGCACACUGAGCACGGACCAGGCAGGCAGUUGGGCAGAAAUCAGAGUACAAACCAGCCGAGCAGCGCGACCGAGAUGACCCACUUUUUGGUUUUCGCACUGAAAGCCAACUGCUACCCACAAAAAGUGGCCAUCUAGGCAUAGUUUUUUUCUAUAUUAGUAGCUGCCAAAACGGAGAUCGCGCUGUGCUAUUAGUCUAAUCGCAUUUUCGGAUAUUAUGUACAACUCGUAGCCUAGUGUAAACUCUAUGCAUUUAUGUGAAUUUCCCAGCGCAAACGUGGAAGAGGAAAACAGGCGACCUGAAAAAGCAGCACUACCAGCAGCAGCAGCGAGCAAGAAGCACAAGCAGCAAAAAAGUCGUCCAAGGGGCAGCCACCACAGCAUGCCGUACGAGUCGAUGCACCAUCAUCAGUCGGCGGCCGCUGCCGUGGCCGCUGGCAGCGCCCCCAACGGAAUGCUGGACUCCCUCAGUCUGCAGCUGCGCGAUGCGGAGAUGCGACGCACAGAGAUCGAACGGGCGCAUCAGGAAACCCUGGCACAAAUACGCAAUCUAAGCGGAAGCGCACGUCCCGAUGCCGAGGCGGUGGAGAAUCUGCAGUCGAGAGCCCGGGAACUGGAGAAGAAGGUUGCGCUGGAAAAUGUGCGCUGCGAGGAGCUGCAAAUUGAACUGACCUCGGCACUGAAGGCCAAGGCGGCGCGCUCGGUGUCUUCUGGUGGUCACACCGGAAUGGCCGCCAGUGGAGCGACUGGCGCCGGCGCAACUAUUCCCACAUCGGCCAGCGGAUCCACCGUCACUUGGGCACCGACAAUCAGUCACCAGGACCAAGGCUCCGAGAUUGAUAUCAUAAUGGCAAAGAUAGAGCAGGAUAAUCGCGUGCUGGCCGAGUUGGAGCAGCCCCGCACCUCGGCCAGCGCCAGCAUGUCAGCGUUGCCGCCCAGUUCCAUGUUGAGCACGGUAAAUAGCGAAUUUAGAACCAUAUCAAAGAGUGAACUCGAAGAAGAACUGAACCGUUACAAACGGGCUGUGCUAGGAGGCAGCGGUGGCGGCGGCGGAGGUGCCAUGUCAGCCAUGUCCUCUGGCUACUCAAGCCUUCCACAAUCGCUGGCCUCUACGAUGGCCAAUGGCGGGGCCAGCACCAGCUUGAGCGGCGCCAGCGUUGGCUCGCAGAGCGUGGCCACCGCUGCUGCCGUUGCCGCCGCCGCCGCUGGAGGAGGAGUGGGCGGUGGCGGCGGACAUGGCGGACACGGAGGGCAUGGCGGGCACGGCGGACAUAGCGGACAUCAUGGGGGACAUGGCGGGCACCUCACAUCCAUAUCGGCCCUGGUGCCCAACUCAAUCAGCGGCAUAUCCUCGAGCCUGAGCAGCCAUGCCAUCCAAUCAAUGCAAUAUGGCGCCGGGCAGACGUCCGUGGAGAAGCUGCUGAGCGGAACGAGUGGAAUCACUGGCAUUCCACCCCUGCCGAGCACAACCAUGCCCCUCCUGUCACUCAACUCGCAUAACCUGCCGCCCGCCGGCUCGAGCAGCUACUCGGCCCUGGGCGCCGGCGGCUCCUCGCUGACGCAUCCCUCGAUGGCCAACCUGGGCCUGCUGGAUACCGGCACCCUACUGGGUGCCACCGGCUUGGCCGGUCUGGGCGCCGGACCUGGUGCCGGCGGCAUAACGGGCGCCACCUCGCUAUACGGCCUGAGCGGCGGAGCGGCCGGCGCGCUGGGUAGCUCCUAUGGACCGCCGCCCUUCCUGGACGUCGCCUCCAGUGCAUCGUAUCCAUUUACGGCUGCCGCUUUGCGACAGGCCUCGAAGAUGAAGAUGCUGGACGAGAUCGAUAUACCGUUGACGCGUUACAACCGCAGCUCGCCCUGCUCACCGAUCCCUCCCAGCAACUGGGGAUUGGACGAGUUUACCGAUGGCCUCAGCGUAUCGAUGAUGCACAACCGCGGCGGUCUGGCACUGGGUGCCCUCGAUCUGGACACCCGCAAUCAUGGCUUGAACGGAGCCAGCGAACCGCAGGUGGACAUGCUAGAUAUACCAGGAAAGGGCCGCUGCUGUGUGUUCAUAGCUCGCUUUCCUUAUGAUCCUCCAGAGGAGGCUGAGGGCGAGCUCUCCCUGUGUGCCGGCGACUAUCUGCUGGUGUGGACCAGCGGAGAGCCUCAGGGCGGCUACUUGGACGCAGAGCUGCUGGACGGACGUCGUGGCCUGGUGCCCGCCUCCUUUGUCCAGCGAUUAGUGGGCGACGACCUGUUGGAGUUCCACCAGGCGGUGCUGUCGACGCUGCGUGACGCCGAGGACGGGUCGAUGCAGUGCGACACCACGUCGCUGCCCUCCUUGCCGCCGCACAACCCAUUGCUCACACACACCCACGAGGACCUGGCACGUUUGAGUGAGACGCACACCGAUCUGGAGCACGACCAGGACGACAUCAGCGACAACGUUCCAGCACCCAAGCACUUGACGCUGGAACGGCAGCUGAACAAGAGCGUGCUCAUUGGCUGGUCGCCGCCGGAGCCAGUGGGCUACAACCUCAUCGACAGCUACCACGUCUACGUGGACGGCGUGCUCAAGGUCACCGUGAAGGCCAACGAACGCACACGCGCACUAAUCGAGGGCGUGGAUUCCACGCGGCCGCAUCGCAUAAGCGUGCGGAGCGUAACCCAGAACCGGCAGACCUCGAGGGAUGCCGCCUGCACCAUGAUCAUUGGGCGGGACACCUCGCACUUGGGCCCCUCGGCGGUGCGCGCCUCGCACAUAACGUGUUCCUCGGCGGUCAUCUCUUGGCUGCCGGCCAACUCCAACCACCAGCACGUGGUGUGUGUGAACAAUGUGGAGGUGCGCACCGUCAAGCCGGGCAUGUACAGGCACACGAUCACGGGCUUGGCGCCGAGCACCCAAUACCGGGUGACCGUGCGCGCCAACCUGCGGGCCGUCGGCCAGCACGCGGCCAACGUGGGACAGACGCCGGGCAGGCCCGGUCAGGAGGAGGCGCCCGGGGCCUAUGCCGACUUCCGUACUCUCACAAAGGGUCUGCCCGAUCCGCCGCAGGAGAUCCAGCUGGAGGCCGGGCCGCAGGACGGCACCAUUCUGGUGACAUGGCAGCCGGUUAACAGGCCCACCUCGACGGGGCCAGUAACCGGCUAUGCUGUGUACGCCGAUGGCAAGAAGGUCACCGAUAUCAACUCGCCCACCGGUGACCACGCCCUCAUCGACAUCGGCAAGCUGGGCGUCUUCAAUCCGCGCGCCGUCACCAUCCGCACCAAGUCCCGCGACUCCCAGUCGGCCGACAGUGCGCCCAUCUUGAUACCAAAUACUGUGCGCAACAGUAUCGCCCGCCGGGGACCAAAUCAGAUGGGCAUGGGGCCGCAGCUGCCGCAGGGUCCGCACGGGAUGCAGGGCCAGGUGCAACAGCAGAUGGGCGGCAUGCCCGGUCAGCCGGGUAUGCCGGGAAUGCCGGGGAUGCAGGGCCAGCAGCAGGGUCAACACAUGAUGGGGCAGCAGGACCAGCAUGGGCAAUACGAUCCCAACCAGAUGCAGCAGCAGGGCAUGCAGCCGCAGCCCGGUCAACCGGGUCACCAGCCCGACGGAGGCUCCGGCUUGUUAGGUGGCCUGCUCGGUGGCCUCUUCUCGAAACCCACACAGAAUCAAGUGAACCAGAAUGGCUACCAACCGGGAGCUCCAGGAGGCCAGAGGGGCAUGGUCCCGAUUCCUGGCAGGCCGCAGGGACCACAGAACCAACAGCAGCAACAGCAACAGUACGGACCGCAGGGUCAAAUGGGAGGAGCACGCUUCCGGGGACCAGUUCCGGGCCAGAUGAACAUGCAGGGCCAGCAGAUGCCGGGUCAGAUGUCAGGACAGAUGCCAGGUCAAAUGCCAGGUCAAAUGCCAGGUCAAAUGCCGGGACAGAUGCCGGGUCAACAGAUGAUGGGACCACGAGGACCGCUCAACCAGCAGCAGCAGCAGCAAAUGGGCCAGCAGGGACAGAUGAUGCCCGGCCAGCAGCCGGGACAGCAGGCGGGUCAGCAAAUUCCCGGCCAGCAGCAGCAGAUGCCCGGGGCCCAGAAAAAGCCACGCUACUUUGUGGCCAUGUUCGACUACGACCCCUCCACGAUGAGUCCCAAUCCCGACGGCUGCGACGAAGAACUGCCCUUCCAAGAGGGCGACACGAUCAAGGUGUACGGCGACAAGGAUGCAGAUGGGUUCUACUGGGGCGAGCUGCGCGGUCGCCGGGGCUACGUGCCGCACAACAUGGUCUCCGAGGUCGAGGAUACGACCGCAAACAUGACGGCCGGCGGCCAGAUGACCGGUCCCAUGGGUCAGAACAUGAAUCAAGGCAUGAACCAGGGCAUGAACCAGGGAAUGAACCAAGGCAUGAACCAAGGCAUGAACCAGGGCAUGGGCCAGGGCACAGGCGUGGUUGGAGCCGGGGGCGUGGCCGGAGGCAUGGGAGUCGGCGGCACCGCCCAGGUGAUGCCCGGCCAGGGUGCACCUCAGCAGAGCAUGCGGAAUGUAAGCCGCGACCGAUGGGGCGACAUUUACGCCAACAUGCCGGUGAAGCGGAUGAUCGCUCUCUACGACUACGAUCCCCAGGAGCUGAGUCCCAAUGUGGAUGCCGAGCAAGUGGAAUUGUGUUUCAAGACGGGCGAAAUCAUACUCGUUUACGGUGAUAUGGAUGAAGACGGUUUCUACAUGGGCGAGCUGGACGGCGUGCGCGGCUUGGUGCCGUCGAACUUCCUGGCGGACGCGCCCGACCAGUACAGCAACCAGAUGGGGCCGGGCGGAGUGGCAGGAAGGGGUGGCCUUAGCCAGCGGGGACGCGGCCAGGGGCCGGGAGCGAGGGGUCCGCCGCCGCCGCCGCGGGACAACAUGAUGCCAGGGAUGGGCGGACGCGGCCAGCCGGGGAAAAAUGCUCGCCCUGCUUCCCCUACACUGUUAGACAACACGGGCCAUCCUGCCCCCGAUCACCAAACGCAGGGGAUGAUCGGUCGCGUUGGUAAUCUCGGCCAGCAACAACAGCAGCAGCAACUCCAACAGCAGCAGCAGUACGGUCAGCAGCAGCAGCAAAUGGGACAACCUGGAAUGAUGGGUCAGCCGAUGGGCCAGCAGAUGGGUCAGCAGAUGGGCCAGCAGAUGGGCCAACAAAUGGGCCAGCAGAUGGGUCAGCAGAUGGGCCAGCAGAUGGGCCAGCAAAUGGGCAUGGGUCAGAUGGGCAUGGGCCAGCAGCAACAGCAGCCGCCGGUGACGACGCAGGCACCAACGGGCGGCCUCUUCUCCGGCGCGACUAGCCUGCUCUCUGGUGCUACCUCGGCUGCCACCGGUGGUCUAUUUGGGUCGAAGCAACCGCCCAAAACGGAUCCAAUGCAACCACCCGGUGGUGUGCAGCCAGUGCAGCAACAAGCCAACGCCUUUGGUGCCCAGCAGCCCGGAAUGCAACAGCCGGGCAUGCAACAGCCCGGAAUGCAGCAGCCCGGAAUGCAGCAGCCCGGAAUGCAGCAGCCCGGAAUGCAACAGCCCGGAAUGCAACAGCAGCAGCAACAACAAGUGCCACCGCAAGCCCAGGCUCCGCCGCAGGGACCGGGCGCCGGAUUGCUGGGCGGACUCAAGGGUAUCGCGGCAGCGGCGCCCGGCGGCGACGUCCUGUCGAAAGGCAAAGAUCUCUUCGGGAAAUUCGGGUUCGGCUUUGGCAAAUAACCCCGGUCAUUCUAUAGGGUCCUGUUAUAUUAUUCGUAGAUUAGACCUAUUAUUACUAUUACGAUUAUGAUUAUGAUUAUCGCUAUUGAUUACGAUUACUAAGCUAAUGUGAGGCCCGUGCCUCGUGCCUGGUGCCUGGUGCUCUGUUGCUGCCCAUGAUAUAUGAUAUAUAUAACACGUGAAACCGCAACUAAUAGUACUAAUGGUAAUAUUUUUUAUUAAUUAAAUUGAUAGAAAUAUUAUGUGAGUCGGAGGGGGAGGGACAGUAGCAGCAGCAACAGCAGCAGCAGCAGAAGCAUCGGCAGGGGCAGCAGCAGGAGAGACGUGAGCACACGAGCCACCACAGCCCCCAGAUAAAUUGUUGUAAAAUUAUUUAACAAAUUGCCAGUUUAGGUGACUGCUCUGAACCCUCUCACCCUAUAAAAUACAUAUACAAGCCACACUGUCGCAGGACCCUCGCCUGCGGCCACCCACUCUCACACAUACAUAGAUACUGGACACACACACAGCCACACACCAUAACCAUAUAUUAUACAAGAGAAAAAACAAAAAGCUAGGCAUGGCAAAGUGAGCGGAGAAAUAUAUUAUAUACAUACAUUAUAUUUACAAUUAUUUGUUAACGCACAUUGUUAAAUUUGCUACUGUUGCUGACCAGUUUAUAAAUAAAAACCAAAACAAAAGAAAACAAAACAAGGAGAGGCGAAGAAGAGAUUAGGAGGCAGACGAGAUGCGAAAGAUGAGGAGAUAAAGCAAACACAUAAGGUAAACUAAACCAAAACAUUAACAUAAAGAUACAUAUAUUAUAUGUAUAUAUUUAAAAUAUAUUGAAAACUAAAUUGAGAUACACUAAAUUACAUUUAUAAAUCAAAACAAAACACAACCGAAUGUUGAGCAAUGUCGUCAGACGAGGUGACGCCCCAAAAGGCGCCAAAAACAAAUAUACAUACAUUAAAAACGUAAUAAAUAAAUCGAUAUGAAACAUAUUUACAUAUAUUCGCAUAUACUAAAUACGACUUCGCAUUCAAAUCGGGCGCGACCUUGACUUCCAGUCCAGCUAAGAAGAGAGCACGUGCACAUCCCCAGUUACCACUAGCCAGUUACCACUUCCCAGUUACCACUUCCCAGUUACCACUUCCCAGUUACCAAUUACCAGUGAUAACCGAAACCAAUCCCCGCCUCCAAUCCUUGUGAUCCUUGGACUGCUCGACUUCUGUACACAUUCUAUUCGCCUUCUAUUCCCCGCAUCUUUCAGUGUUCGAUGUCCAUAGAAGCUAUAUGCGAUAAAGAUAUCAGUGUAACUUAAACCAAACCAAAGACCAAGAGCGAACUACUCCUACACACAUAACAUACAUAUGUAUAUGGGAUACCCAAGGAAAUGGCAAAAGCAGAAGCCAAUACAAGAAUAUAAUGUACUAAGCACAAGAGAGCGAACCUAGCGUUAGACACACACAGGAGACAAGUUCACUACAAAUUCGACUUUCCCUUUCGUAAUUACCUAAGCCGCCCCUUGCUACUACUUCCUAGAGCUACCCAACAUCCCCCUUUACUACCUAUUCGAAUACCAAACUCGAUCGUUAUUUUAUAUAGCUAAUACUUGCAUAUAUGCCACGACUACUUCUGAUUGCUUUUGUAUCCGAGAGUUACGAAACAAAAAGCUAGUCAACUGUUUCCUAAUGUUUAAAAAAUUGCUUUAAAAAUCAGAUCUCUCUCUCUCUCAUAUACAGAAGAUACACACACACAAAUACAUCGCGUACCUCUUGCUUUACGAAAAUACAAAACAUUCAAGAAAUGGAAGAAAGUAUAAAAGAUAACAAAAGUAUAUUAAUGAGAAAACGUUUACCAAACAAAUAUAUUAAACAAGGCAUAUUUAAAGAGCGCAUAGAGUUGCAUAUGUACAUGUGCUUGGAAGGCAAAUAAUUGUGAGCAAAUGAUUACUUUAAACUGAGAAACACACACUGAACACAACCAGGAACACACCACAAUACAGAUACAGUCGCACACAGAUACACAGAGGGGCAUUGAGGGAAGGGUUGGCUUACAUUUAUUCGAAACAUGCUGAAGUAUCAGACUGCUUCGGAUGAGUUUAGGCAUCCUUUCAGGGUCCCGACACGCUCUCCUUCGGUGCCCACAAUCACACUGUAAAUUGUAAACUGGCAAAUAGUAGUUGGCAGGCCUAGAUAUCGAAACUAUAGUUGAGUUGAUAGCUAAGAAUGUCGAAGAUUGAAUUACCUUAUCCAACACGAUGAAACAAGCGUUAACUUUUCCCACGUAAAUGGCUUAACAAUCAAGUCACACUGUAUUAUUUAGCCACAUCGGAGAGACGAUUACAAUCUACAAGCCCCACUUCGGCGUCCACCGAAGCAGUAGUGUUCCCGCAGCGAUUGCAGGGACAUACCGGAAGCACACAGACCCCAAAACAGAUACAGAUACAGAUACAGACACACAGAUCAAGAUACAGCUGCAGACAGUCAGUCAGAUACACCCUAUAGUUACAUACACACCAGAGUAUACAAACAGUUUAUUUCCACGAACAAUAUUUAAUAAUGAAGACACAAACGAACGAUGAUAAAAACGUACUAUGCAAUAUG